AUGGCGAAAAUUUCUGAUCAUAAUUCAAAACUCGAGGAAGAUAUCGGCAAAUUGGAAAUGUCGACAAAAAUUGAUUUGAGUAAUCGAGCCUUAACUGAUCAAGACAUGAAUAUUGUUGUUCAAGGUACAAUCAUCCUUAAGCAAUGCCCUUCUCUAUGGUUAUACGAUAACUUCAUUACAUCUCAAGGUGUUCGAAUUUUAGCUGAUAGUCUACGAAAUAAUAAUACUUUGCAAGAAUUAUUUCUCGACGGUAAUCAAAUAUCAGAUAUUGGGGUAGAUUCCUUAUCACUGAUUCUGAAUCAUUCGGGUUUACAAUCAUUAAGUCUAUCAGAAAAUGGUAUCACAGAUCAAGGUGCUGAAUAUUUAGCUGAAGCUCUCAAGAAUAACAGAACACUACGACGUCUUUGGCUUUAUCAUAAUCAAAUAGGUGAUCAUGGAAUGCAAAGUUUGACUAGUGCACUCACACAUAAUAAUACGACUCUCGAAUGGUUAGAUCUUCGUUGUAACAAAUUGGUAACCAAUGCCAGUGUUGAUACUUUAAUUUUAAUGAUAGAAUCGAAUCAAUCUUUGAAAAAAUUUUGGAUGGAAUAUUGUAGUUUAUCCUAUGAAUGUAAAGCAAAACUUCGACAACUUGCCAAAUCAAAGGCGAACUUUGAGUUAGGUGCUUAG